AUGCAACGGGUAAAGGAAGAUUGUCUCUAUUGGAACGAGGAUCGCUAUGAAGCUAAAUUGUUCAAUGACAUGUCGAACGAAGCAAGAUUCUGUAUGCCACGCGUGGCUGAACCAAGUCAUAUGACAGCUCCCGUCCAUAUCGAUGUUGGUGGUGUGAUUUAUACAUCCUCACUGGAAACUUUGACCGUAUUUCCAGAAUCGAGACUCGGGAAGAUGUUCUCUGGAAGCAUUCCACUGGUCCUGGACAGCCUAAAACAACAUUACUUCAUCGAUCGAGAUGGUGCGAUGUUUCGGCACAUUUUGAAUUAUUUACGAAAUCGGCGGCUCAUUUUGCCAAAUAACUUUGCUGACUAUAACCUCUUGGUCACGGAGGUAGAGUACUUCCAACUUCAUCAAAUGUUAGAAGAUUUAGAGAAAUGGAAUUCUGAGCGAGAGAUCAAAGUGAAGGCGACCUGGGAUCACGCAAAUGGAUAUAGUUGA